UCUUCCACCUCCGACUUUUCCACUUCAUCUUCUCCCACGCCUGCCUUUUUUCCCACAACGUUCUCAAUCAAUUACACUGUUAAAGAUGGUCUUCAAUGUUGUGAUCCAUCUCCCCUUUACUUCUCUUAUAUAUAGCUCUAUCCCUAAACCUAAUUUUACCCUAAAUAAAAAAACCUACUCUGCAAAAAAAAAAAAAUCUAUAGCAAUGAAAUCCGCCGUAAAGUCUCAGCUUACCACCGGAAAAGCUCCCCUCGCCAUGUAUUUCAAUGACAUCUCUCCAGGGCUAUCAGAGUCACAGCUCCGAUUUCGAGUAAUCCACUUUUGGGAGGCAAAAAAAUAUAGUGAAUGGGACCCUCAUUGGGAUAGAGCUCCUGCUCAUCGACGAACAGGGGACUGUGAUGCAAGGAUUCAUUUCCUCUUCUCGUGCUCCAACUUACACCCUUCAGAAUUUUUUGGCUGCCACAAGCAAGAAGAUUUACCGCGUCGCUGAUCAGAAUUUAACAAUUUCAUUCUCGAACGGCUCUGUUCUUGCUCCUCUCGACGACAUCCCCGUCUCCAUCUCUUUUCCAACCGACAGGUUCAGGUUCCACACACAUGAGGAUUUCCAAGCUCACCGUGGUCUCAGGGGCGAUCUCUACGAUGUCGUUGGCCACUUGAGGCUGGUGAAUGGUCAGUCUCUCAUUGACCGCCCCGUCCUUGACGAAGCCGAAGUAAUCAGCACGCGUCGUAUUUUGGUUCAUUUGCAAUCAAAAGAUGGACCUGUUACGAAGCUUUACCUUUGGGACCAGGCUGCAAAGGACUUUUACAAGAAAUUCACAUCCAGUGAAGACACUCCCACCAUUCUUUUGGUCACGACCGUUAACCCAAAAGUUAUAGCAGGUAAUUUAGCUCUCAGUUCGAUGGCCUCCUCCCGUGUCUUUAUAGACAAAGAUAUUCAGCCCACGAUUGAUUACUUCAGAUGGUUGGUUUCUAACCCAGAGAUUGCAAAGCGGGUAAAUGCAGAUGAGGUUACUAGGUCUGAGACAAUGAAAAUUGGGCAGAUCUAUGCUUACAUCAAGCAGGAAAAUGCCAAGGAAGCUUCUUUCGACUGCAUAGCAACAAUUGAUGAUGUUAAGCGUGACAGUACAUGGUACUAUAUUGGCUGCAGCGGUUGUCAAACAAAGGCCACCAGAGGUUCUUCUUCGUUAAUGUGCGCCAAGUGCGGCAAAACUAAUGUGUCUGGUGUAGCGAAGUAUCUCGCAAAGAUCUCUGUCUAUGACAAAAAUGACCAGGCUGUUUUUGUCCUACUUGGUGAUGCAGGAAGUGAGUUGACAGGAAAGCAUGCGGCAGAAUUGGUUAACAACUACUUUGAGGCUAAUCAAGACCUUGGUGCUGGCCAUCAGAUGCCUGUCCCCCAAGCAUUAAUCAACACCAUUGGCCAAACACAUAAGUUCAGGGUCAAGGUGUCUAAGCUCAACUUGACAGGCAAGAUUCAGGCCAUAACCGUUACGAAGAUUGUCUCACCAGAGGUUCUGCCACCUGUGCCAACUCCAACUGAAAUCUCACAUGAUGUGGAAGAUGAAGUUGCCUUGCCUUCUGCAAUUGUCAUUGAUGGCUCUGGAUUCAAAGCUGAUGAUGCGGACGGAAGUACCAGCAGCAGGGAUGAAUCACGCAAGGCUAAGCGUCCUAAACAUGGCAAAUAUAAUUUAUGCCACUCAUUUCAUACAUGCUAAGUGAUCGCCUUUUUUAUUUUAGUUUGAGUUAAGACUAUGCUUUUUUGGUUAUUUUAGACUUUGCUUCUACAGAACAACUUCGUUUUUUUUGUAAUGCCUACUGUCCUUCAGAUGAGUCUAUACAAUUGAGGCAACACUCCUUCUCUGA